CACGUGGAUCUUUGGGCAGUUUGGCGUGGGAACCCGUGAGCACCCUGCCCGUGUUUCUGCCCUGCUGUGUUGGCAAGGAGAGUGCCCAAAUGAGCAAGAGCUCGCCGGCCAGCAGCGCUCCGGGAGUGAAUGGGCUCAGUGCUAUCCACAGCCAGGCCCAUGCCAGCGGCCUGCAGCAGGUUCCUCAGCUGGUGCCCGCCGGCCCGGGGGGAGGGGGCAAGGCUGCCCCUCCCAGCAAGCAGAGCAAGAAGAGCUCACCCAUGGAUCGCAACAGUGACGAGUACCGCCAGCGCAGGGAGAGGAACAACAUGGCUGUGAAGAAAAGCCGCUUGAAAAGCAAACAGAAGGCACAAGACACGCUGCAGAGAGUGAACCAGCUGAAGGAAGAGAACGAACGCUUGGAGGCCAAGAUCAAACUGCUCACCAAGGAGCUGAGUGUACUGAAAGAUCUGUUUCUGGAGCAUGCGCACAACCUUGCAGACAACGUGCAGCCCAUCAGCGCCGAAAACUCGCACGCGGAGAACGCCGGGCAGUAGGCCACCCUCUGCAGACUUCGCAGCCGUGGCCACCCUCCACUCCAGUGGCCAAACGGCGGCUCGUUCCACCAGGCAAAGAGCCACUGGGGUUUCCAACAUCAGCACUGGAGUUGAUCGCCAUGUAAUUUAAAUAUCUGCUCUUAAAUGACGUGGAUUUUUGUGGGGAUCAAAAAAACACAAAUUUCUAAAGUAAAAUCAUGGGCCUUCGUGCUCUUAGUAACUCGACUUGACCAGAAAGUCACUGCUUUUUUAGGUUGACACGGAGUGCAGAACUGGCAGGUCACGCAGAAGGCUCUUGGUUUUAAUGGGUAUGAUUAAUUGGAUUAAGAAAGCUGGAUUCCAUCUUUGUCAAUCUGUUGUGAUUAAAUCAUGUAAUACCCUAGGGCUGUAGAAAAUAAUCUCUUUGCAAUUUGGCUGGAUUUUAUACAUAUAGCAUAAACCUUGGUUUAGCAUAAUUUAAUACCGUUUUCCCAAAUAAGUUUUAAGUUUUUUUGAAAAAGUGAUGUCAGGUGAGGUAAAGAAACCCAUCACAUCUUAAAGCACGUGUGUAGCUAAUUGGCUUAAAAUUACAGGUAACACUUAGGAAGCAAAGAAGUUUAAAAAAAAAUAAAUAAAAACAAGACAUUAGUGUCAUGCUUUUGGGAUCCUUUUGGGUUACUGGGUCGCCAUUAUUUUGUGUCCUAUAAAAAUAACUUCAGUGUCCCAAAAUUUUGGCUUCUGUCGAUGCUACAGUAAGUAAGGUGCCUGCUGUAGACGCUGGUGAGGUAAGCAUCUAUUCAUUGAUUUCUGGGUACCAUUUUAUGGCCAAGUUAGUGAGUAAGGCGUCUUAGCAGUGUGAUACUGUGAGUGGCUGGCCAGGACUUGGAGCUGUUAACGCAGCGGGUGGUUCCUCAGCCGUGAUUUUUAAAAGCAGAAAUUUCUUGUGGAGGAAUAUCUUGGUGUUCGGUCUCAAGCAGAGGGUGAUUACAAAACUCUUGUCAACUCCAUGCCAUCUCCCAAGAGAACAGGCUAAGAAAACUUGAAAGGGUAAGGUUUUAACCUUUAAUUUAUUUCACUUAAAUACUUUAUAUAUAUAUUUUUUACAUUUCUCUUGCUAGUUAGUGGGCCGCUCUCCCAGACUUCAUGUGCCACUGCUUCUGUUUAUCCAUUUGUAUGCUUUUAUGUUUCAUAAAUUAUUUUAGACAGAAGAUGCUGAGAAACUCAGGAUAUUGACGUUUUUGUUGAGACUAAAAUGGCCAUCGGUAACAUAAGGCCUCUGAAGUGUGUCUUGCAUCGAUGUUGGCUGUUUAGAAUGUUAACUUUCUUCUUUCUACAGCACAAUUCUGUUUUGCGCCUAGGAUGGUGACUAGACCUGAGUCGUACCUGAUCAACGUUUGUGUUGCCAGGCACCAUGUGAGCACGGCCAUUUCUGGCCACUUGCUGUUUCCUACUAGGACUUGCGGUAAUGUAACCAGAAUGUAACUCAGGUUGCCCUGGGUUCUGACUCUGCCAUUCUCCCGGGCAAAAGACACCAGAGUGUCCUGCAACUCAGCAGAGCAGUUGAACAGGGCGGAUUUAAGUUAGGAUCAACCCCAGUGUACUAGAUGGCAAUAUCCAGUGAAAAGGCUGGUGUUUUAAAUGUCUAGCGAGAUACCCACGGAAGCCUGCUGACUCGACAUCGGAUCGAUGUUUGAUUAAUUUCAUUGGAGAUGCAGUUAGGUUGCUUGAAUCGCUAAACACCUGUCACAGGUGUUACAUUUUCAUCCUGAUUUCCAGAAAAAACCAAACAGUCUUUCAGAAGUGGGUAUCCUCAUGAAAUUGAUGGUUCCCAGUGGUAAGAGUGAACUGUUGACAAAAGCUGAGGCAAAGUCAGGAGUGUAUGCUCAACAUUUUAGGUCAGAACAAGACUGGAACUUUUAGAAAAACUGACUCAGAUUUUCCUGUUAACUAUUUAAAUCAAACCUUUAGCCCAAAUGAGCGAUUAUGCAUACAAGGAAAAUGUUAACCCUUGUCUUGACUGUCUACCAAAGUGAUGGAAAAAUGACAGUCUUAGUUUGUUGGAUUUUCAGUGUAAAACUGAGGGGAAGCAGGUGGAGAGUAAGUUGUGAGCUUUGGGAACUGUAGUGAUUCAUAAUCUUUGUCCUCUGUGUUAACCUAUGAACCUGUAGGACAGGAUAGGGUCGAGCUGUAGAGUAAAUUUCUAGCUGCUUCCGGGUGUCCUGGGAGGGGUGACCUUGACCGCUGUGGCUGCCCUGGUGAGAUGAGGCUGGCCCUUCCCUGCCUGGCCCAGCUCAGAUAGUUCUAAGCAGUAGUGAGAUUUUAAGAUACUAAGCUAUAGGUAAGAUUUUAAUAAAAUAUGACCAGAUUUUUGAAAUUCAAGU